CGAGAAAAUCUUUUCUUUAAUUUGAAAUAAUUGAAAAUUUGAAUAAAAAUGUCUAAAAAGUCAAUCACAUUGGACGUCGAUCCAACGAUAAUGGAGCGAAAUAUGAAAAUCAUUCAAGAUAAUCCAGUUGAAGAGGAGUUCAAUAAACUUCUGUCAUCAGCAGUAGACACAGUUCCUUCAAAGCUUGUUAAACCAAGACCAGGAUUUUGUGUCAAGACUUAUACCAAACCAGAUAACAAAAAAGUGUUUGUGAAUAUAUGUCUCACAGAAGCAAUACCCUGUCCAAGAGAUAUUACAAAUAAUGAGCUUAUGCAAAUACUCAAUUCCGAUGACCCAUCUAGUUACAGAGUGCCCAUGAGCUUAGGCGAAGGUAGAACUGAGCAGGAUAAAUCUGGAGUUCCAGCUACAGUCUAUGAUGUUGCUAUAAACCCAGAUUUCUUUAAGAAAAUAGAAAAAGAUGAUUUAUUUCAAACAUUCUUUCUCACUGUUGUGUUUGAAGGAUUACAGGAUAAAUACCAAUUUGAAAUUGACAUAACUAAGUACACCAUUUUGAAACAUAGGAAAUCAAUAGGCACUCUGCAAUCUCAUAGGAUUCAAAUAAGGGAUAUCCAGACUUGUGAGGAAAAAACAAAGUCACCUCUGAUAGAGGAAAUUCAGGAAAAGCCAGCAAAAAUUAAAGAAAUUAAUGUGACAAAGAAGAGAGAAUUAAUUUAUAGGUUAAGAAGGGAACCACCCACUGGAGAAAUAGAGUAUUUAUUAGCGGAAUUCAAGAUACCUGCAUCUAUGGAGCUAAAAGAUAUGAACUUGGAAGUUGGUAAAGACCGUUUAGUUCUAGACUCUAAAGGAACAUACGAUCUUGUGGAUUUCUUCUUACCUUGCAGUGUUGAUCAGGAUAUAAUUGAUGCUCAACUAAAUAGGAAUAAUGACAUGUUGCUGGUCAAAAUGCCUGUGAUUCAUUAGUGUCAUAGUUAGUAAUUAAUAUGUUAAAAAUAAUAAAUAUAUAAUUA